GCCUGACUUCACAGCAGUCACGAGGCAACACCACAUCAUCCCGCUGGCGUGCACGCACAAGGGUAUCUAAGCUCGGUACAACUUCGAAACGUUUUCUGCAUUCCGGCGUGGUAGUCAAAGGACCCAAUCGGGAGGGGAGGUAGAGCUGGACAGCAGAGAGAAAUGUCGUCGCGAGGUGAUGAUGACCGCUUCGACGGCAUGUACCUCAACCUCGCCCAGCAGAACCAGGGGAUCGACAACCUCCUCGAGUCGUUCUUCGGGUUCCUGCGCAGGAAGACGGACUUCUACACCGGUGCCAGCGAGGCGCAGCUGGAGGAGAGCCUUCUGAAGGUGGUUCGUCGGCAAAAGGCAAUCGCAGAGAAGGAGGAGUUGACGAGGCAGAAGGCCAGGGCGGCGGAUGAGAAAAAGCGGGCAGAAAAGAAGGCAGCCCUGGCGAAAAAGAAGGCAGAGCAGGAAGACCGUAAGAGAAAGCUGGCUGCUGCUGAUGCUGCUGCUGAGGCCUCCUCUGGCGGUGGUGUGGGUGGUGGCGAGGGAGAAGGGGUCGUGGAGGUCGGAAAGGAUGGUGCGUUCGACGUGGACUCGGCGCCUUCGACGGAUGCGGCGGGAACUUCGACCGUGGUCCAGACGGGAGUGGCGGCGGCGGACAUGAAGGAAGCCGUGAAGGCUGCGGCGGCCGCUGGCGGACUGUCUGCGGUACCAGCAGCAGCAACAGCGGCGGCCGGUGGGGACGGACCAGAAGAAGAGGAGACUGGCGACAAAGAGAAUGACGAGGAAGAGGACAACUCCCCGCCUCCGGUCGGAAACGGCGGCAGCACGGACAAGUACGACUGGACGCAGACUCUGCAAGAGCUCAGCGUGGUAGUGCCGGUGCCGGAGGGAUCCAAGUCCCGAGAUGUUGUGUGCGACAUCACCAAGUCGCGCCUGAGGGUUGGGCUCAAGGGACAGCCGCUCCUCGUGGACGGCGAGAUGUACAACAAGGUGAAGGUGGACGACAGCUUUUGGACCCUUGAAGAUGGGAAGGAAGUCAGCAUCGCGCUGCAAAAGGAGAACCAAAUGGAAUGGUGGAAGUGCGUCGUCAAGGGUGACCCAGAGAUCAACACCUCUAAGGUGCAACCGGAGAACAGCAAGCUGUCCGAGCUCGACGGGGAAACACGCAAGACUGUGGAGAAGAUGAUGUUCGAUCAGCGUCAGAAGGCUCAGGGGCUGCCUACCGCAGACGAGAUGAGCAAGCAGGAGAUGCUGGGGAAGUUCAUGGCGCAGCACCCGGAAAUGGACUUCUCGAGGGCUAAGAUAUCGUGA